UAUAAAAGUAUUAAAAAUGUUCGAACUAAUGUUUUUCCUAUAUGUUUUAGGAAACAAACAGAUGUUCACCAGCAGUGCUUGGAAUGGAUGAACCUGCAAAAGUGAUGCACACUGUUGAUGUCCAGAAUGAAACUUAUGAUAGAAAAUUUAAACUUGAGGCUACAGUACCUGAACUGAAACAGAAGGCUAGAGAAGGAGGUGCAGUGAAAAAAAAGAAAUCAUCUAUAUCAAAGACAAAAUCUGAGACUAUCACUGUUGUGGAUAAAUCACCUGACCCUAAAAGCGUGAAACAUAGAGGACGCAAAAAAGUGUUUGAAAUGUUAGAACUGACUACUACGGAUCCAGCUUUUGAAAUAGCUGGUCUAUCUGAAAAGCAAACAAAAACUUUGAGAAAGUUUUCUACCUCUGAAGCAAGUGAUUUAUGUUCUGACUUCUCAGCUAAAAUGAAUUCAUCUGAUAAUAUGAGAAAAAUUAAACAAAAUAGGAGAAUAUUUGUGCCAAGUAAUUCUUCAGAGCUUAAAGAUGUAAAUCCUUUACCUCUGAAUAGUGCAUUAUCAGAAACAAGAAGUCCUGACAUCGAUAAGAAGCAAAAUAAAUUUCGUUCAAAAACACCUGAUUAUAAGGGUGUAAAUAAACCUGCUGUUAAAAAAGUAGGCUCUUCUAAAAGUCCAAAAUUUGAACCUUAUAUACCACUCUUUCAAGUACAGCAAGGUCUUAAACGAGGAGAGUUUAUAGAAGGAGCUCUACGAAUUAAUCCUAGAAAUUAUGAAGAUGCUUAUGUAAAUGCUCCUGAUGGGAAAAUGGAUAUUUAUAUUGGUGGCAUGAAGGAUAGGAAUAGAGCUCUCAAUGGUGAUAUUGUUGUUGUUCAAAUAAAUCCAAAACAGGAAUGGAAAGUUCUUUGUGAUGCUAUUAAAGAUUACCAAGAAAAAUGUGCUGACAGUGUAUUUGAAGCUGUUUGUGAACCCAUUACUCCAUCAACUCCUUGUAAAGUUCACACACCUGAUAAAUUCGUGAAGUACCGACCUUUGUCUGCAAAUUCCUGGGAUAGUACUUGCGGGAAAAGAUUACCUGAUACUCUAGAGAUUUUAGGAGUCGAUAAGCUUACGCAACAGUUAGAGGAUAUUUCUGUAGGUAAAAAUGAAUUUUCAAAAUCUAAAAGUAAAGUAAAAAGUAAGUGUAAAAAGCAUUUUAAGGGAUCUAGUAGUCAAAAAAGUAGUACUACUUCCUAUUCACAAGAAUCUUCAGAAGACUGCUUAGAUGAUGUAUUACCAGUGCAGCAGUGUAAUUCUGAAGACGGUGGACAGUGUGUUUCAUUCACAAAAGAAAAUGGUCAUUUGAAUAUUCUGACAGAGCAUGAUAAAGGUAUUACAUCUGACGGGAGAUCAGUAGCAACUGAGAAAAUGUCAUAUACCCCCUAUAAUAUGAGUGAGAUUGGCGCAUUCAAAUUAGAAAUGAAGUCAUAUCAAGAUGCUACUGAAUCUUGGCAGAGUAACGAGACUUCUGUUAAUAUAAUUGUGUCUCCUGAAGAGCUUCUAAAUAUUGAUGGGCAUUCUAUUGUAGAACAUGAAAACCUAUUUUAUAAAGAUGAAAGGAACUGUGAUAGUAGUAGCAGCAUUGAUGGAAUUGUUGUGGCACCUGGAGACCUUUCUGGUGAUGAAUUUACUGAUUCUGCAAGCAUUGGAAGUACACCUAGUGAACAUCUAGAUCAAAUGUUAGAAGAUGCCGCUUUUUUAGCUUGUCAGCAAGAUGCGGUAAAUAAUAAUGCAGAUUUUAGUUAUCAUAAUGAGAGUUUAUUGACUCAAUAUAAUAGCUCUGAUUUCACUGGAUUUGUUGCAGUUCCCAAUGCUACUAUUCAUAAAGAAACAUCUAUAGAAUAUGAGUGUAGAUUGCAAUAUAAUAAAACAAUUCCUCCCUUGUCUUCAGUUGAGGUAAAUUCAGAGUCUGUUAUUUGUUCUGCUUUAUCUAAAAUAUCUUUUCCUGAUGAGCCUGUUUCUUCUGAAGAAACUGUCAUUAUGUAUCCAUCAUCUGUUAAUGAUUACCAUUUGACUGCUAAAUUAAAAAAUGUAGACCAACCUUGUAUUGCCCAAUGCAACAAAAAAAAGUCUAAAAAUCGAAAAAAAAAGAAAAAAAUUACCAAAACAACUGAAACUUUAAAUGAUAAUAUACAACAAACUAAAAUAAAUUUUGAUAUGCAGAAUUUAACAGUAGAAGAAGUAAUGAAACACCCUGAAUGGGAACGAUUUAUACAAAAAACUGGCAAAGUAGUUCAUAUCUUGGAGCGAAAACAUUCAUGUUUAGCAGCUGGACGUUUAAAAUUGUGUCCUGACAAGAAUCCAAAAUGGGCACUGUUUUCUCCGAAUGAUAGUCGCGUACCUAGGAUUAUGGUACCGAUGUCUGAUUGUCCUCAGAAUUUUUAUCACAGACCAUUUGAUUAUGCAAAUGUGUUAUUUUUAGCAAAGAUUUCUGAAUGGAAUGACAGCUCUACAUUUGCGCGUGGAACAUUAGUCAGAAGUCUUGGUAAUACUGGAGACAUAGAAGUUGAAACUGAAGGUAUAUUAUUUGAAAAUGAUAUUGAUUGUGAAGAUUUCCCACUUGAAGUUUUGAAUAUCCUUCCUGAAGAAGAAACAUGGGAAAUACCGGCUAAAGAAAUAAAGUAUAGACAGGACUUUCGCCAUGAAUGCGUUUUCACUAUCGAUCCGGCAACUGCUCGUGAUAUGGACGAUGCUGUUUCAUGUACUCUUUUAGAUAAUGGAAAUUAUAAGGUAGGUGUACACAUAGCUGAUGUAACAUAUUUUGUAAAAGAGGGAUCCAUCCUUGAUGAUGUUGCAAGAAGUCGUUCUACUAGUGUGUACUUGGUACAAAAAGUUGUUCCGAUGCUGCCUCGUAGGCUAUGUGAUGACUUAUGUAGUUUAAAUCCCGGAAAAGAUCGACUCACGUUUUCGGUAAUUUGGGAAUUGUCACCAGAUGGUGAGAUACUUAAUGAGUGCUUUAGUCGUUCAAUUAUUAAUUCGUGUAUAAAACUGAGUUAUGAACAUGCUCAAGAUAUGAUUGAAAAUCCUACUAGGAUAUGGGAUGCUCAACAGCAUCCCAGGAUUUAUGGUGGUUUUACCAUAUGUGAUAUUAUAAAACGUGUUAAUGAACUUCAUUCUUUAGCUGUUAAGCUUCGGGAGAAACGAUUUCAUGAAGGCGCUCUGAGACUAGAUCAGGUUAAGUUACAAUUUACUCUCGACUCAGAAACUGGUUUACCAUCUGGAUUUAAUGUUUUUGUUCAGAAAGAUAGUAACAAAUUAAUUGAAGAAUUUAUGUUGCUAGCAAAUAUGUCUGUUGCAACUAAAAUAUAUAAUACUUUUCCAUCAAUAGCCCUCCUUCGGAGGCAUCCUCCACCUCAGCUGAAACCAAUGCAAGAUAUUGUUUCUAUGUGUAGAGCCAUGGGUGUUUAUCUUGAUGCAAGUAGUAGUGGUGCACUUCAAAGCUCAAUUGCAUAUCACGCGGGCGAUGACUUUUUUUCUAGAUCUAAAUGCUUAUUGCUCCAAAGUUUGUGUUCAAAGCCAAUGAACUGUGCACUUUAUUUUUGUAGUGGAUUUUUAUCGGAUCCUGCAAAAUUCCAUCACUAUGCCCUGAAUGUUCCUCUUUACACUCAUUUUACUUCCCCUAUUAGACGUUAUCCUGAUAUAAUUGUUCACCGUCUUCUAGGUGCUGCUCUCCUUUAUAAUUCUACUCCUGAUGUUACUGCAGAGGUAUUACAACGAUGUGCCGUGCAUUGUAAUGAUAAAAAAUAUAAUGCAAAGAGAGUUAGUGAACUUAGUUCAGAAUUAUUUCUUGCUGCAUUUAUACGUGAACUUGCCUCUGUUCCUGCCAAAGCUAUGGUAAUGGGAGUCAUGGAUCAUUCAUUUGAUUGUCUUAUUUUAGAAAUGGGUAUUAUAAAAAGAGUUUACUGUGAUAAAUUGCCUUUACUGAGGAAAGAGUACAAACGAUCUAAUGGAAUUCCGACAUUGAACUUGUACUGGAAGGAUGCAGUUAGAACAAGUGGGUUUAUGCAGACGAUAGUGAUGUUUACUGUGGUUGAUGUUGUACUGACCGUUGAAAAAGAUUCACUGCAAAUCAGAGCAACACUUCAAAUGCCAACUUACGUAUAAUUGUUUUUUAUACAUUUGUUGAAAUUUUAAGUUUUAUUUUAUUAUAUUUUUAUGGUUUUUAAUUUCAUUAUAUUUAUUUAGAUGUCUGACGUAUCAUAAUGAUUAUUAAAUUCUGUGAUUAUGUAAUGACUAUGAUGUUCCUGUAAUUAAGAAAUAAACUUUAAUUUUUAAAAGCUAUCUAAAAUACUUCUUGUCUACACUCUAAUAAAAUCCAUUAUUAAUCUCCAUGAAAAUAAAUUUGAAAUUUUUUUUAAAGUCUUAAUUCAGAAUGGUAACUGUUAUGUAUUUAAGAAUAAAGUCUUAUCAUAUUAUCCACCCAGUCCUGAAAAGAAUUACUAAAUAAAGCGUUGUGUCGCUAAAGUAGAUAACCCAGAAAUGUAUUUACGUGGCAACCACUCGUGAUGUCGUCGUCUUUGUGAUGGUGGUAAUUCACACAGUUUUGAAAUUCAGUGGCCACUUUAGAAUUUGCCCGAUAAUAAAAAAGGAAGUGUUGCAUUUUUUCAGAAAUAUGGCAUUUUCCCUAAUACUAAAGAGUGUAGGAAUAUACACAUUCCAUAAAGCUGAUUUGUGCUGUUCUCUGAUUUUUUUCAAAGUUAAAACAUGUGGAUGUGUACUUGGAGAAUAGUACCAAAUUGCUCUGGAAUGCUGAGAAUUUUGCACAGACUACUGUGCACAUGGACACAAGACUAGGAAAAGCACUACGAUUUUGUAAAAUGGCUGCUGAUUUUCGUGUUUUAUGUUGGUGAGAAAUUAGUCACCAACGAUUGUCGAUUUUGUGUGAGGUUUGGAUGGAUAAUGCAAGAGACCAAAAUAUGUUCUUCCAUUUCUGAAUGAGUUGUAUUGUCUCUUUUCUUUUGUUUAAUUCUAAGGUAUUAAUUCAUCCCCAAUGUGCGAUUUUCAUUCUAAAUGCUCCUUCUCGCUACAGGAGUAAAAAUUUGUUAUGGAUUAUCAAAGCAAAUUUAUUUUCAUGUAAUCUGUCAAAUUUUUUAUUAUAGUAUAAAGAACAUUCUUUAGUCAUACAAAUUCUUAUAACAAAUAAUAUUUCUCAUGAUGCUGCAUUUAAAUAUGAAACUAGUAAUUUAUGUUAAAAACAUUAAGUUUUUAUAGGUGACUGGAAUUUAUAUAUAUAUUUUUUCAUUUAUAAAAGAAUGAAAUAAAGUUAAAAGAAAUAUUUCAUGCAUUUCUUAUUAGAGUCAUAGAGCUCAAGCUGUAAAAUGUGAAUAUUUCUUUUGUGCAUAGUUAAUUUUCGGUGUUUUUGUAUAAGGAGAGAAACUUGUUGAUCAAAAUGAAGAUUACUGUGAAAAAAGUUCUAAGUAUUGUACUAGAGUUGAUCAGAACUGAGUAAUGGAGUUCUGUUAGAAAACAAGUUAUUGACUAUCACAUUAGAAUAUUGAUUGCUGAUAUUUAUAUUUUUUAAACUUCUCCUCCCCUUCUGAAAUAAGUAAAUAUACUUUUAAAGUGUUUAAAAUACUUAUUUCACUUAGUUAUAAAAGAUGUUUUAAAGUGUCGCUCCAUUGUAAUGCCAUACUGAUAUAAAUUUGAGGAUUUGAACAGGA